CUUUUUUUGUGUAGAAAUUGACUUCCGCCUAAAAGGUAAGGGAGGGAGGAGAGAGACACGAAAGCGUUAGCGCUACGUAACCUGACAGGCUGACAGUGUUCUUUCUCCCAAAUAUGGAAUUGCACAAUCCCUGGAAUGCCGCGUUCAGAGGAUACAAACCCGCCACUUUCCUAUUUAUAAGGGGGAAUCAGAUUCAGGAGUGGAGCCAACUCAUGCACGAACACAUACGUUUCCUUCGGAAAUAAGAAAUCCCCCUCUGCUCACCACAAUAAAUGUAGGCACUUCCCCAUGGUUCCUGUUCUUUGAAGAGGUGCAGGGGAAAUUUUUUCGUUCGUUGAAGAAAUCCACGAAGUUGUUAAACUUUUGCAAUCGCCAUCCAGACAUGAGAUAAUUUGAAGCUUCUUCGUCUAAGUCUCUUGUUUGCCUCGAGCGUUAAGGUUCGCUUUCUUGAAAGGUUCGCUAUACCUAGGGGUGAUGUUGAGACUCCAAUAUUGGUCUAAGUUUUUUUGGAACAUCGAACAUGGAAAUGCAUUAUUUCAAUGAUAAAGUUUCCAACACAUUUUUGCAAAUGGGCUUGCAUCAAUUCAAAUGUGUUAAAGCUGAUUGGUUUUGUAUUGGACUUGUCUGAUCGAAGUCAGCAAAUUAAACAGAAGAAAAUAAAAUUUGCAACUAUGGUUGCCUUCGAAGAUUCAAAGAAUGAUAUGAAUAUCUGGAUAUUGUUUUCACAGUCUUCUACAACCAUUUUCUUGCAUGGGUUUUCCGCUUCUAUACACCUAAUCUUUUUAUUAGUUUUAGCAAUUUCCUUCGUUUGCAAGAGACGUAUGAUGCCAGCCCUGGAAAAUUCAAAACCAAUGUUGAAGAAUACAUUCUUUUUAUACAAUUGGUUAGCCCUUAUAUCUUGCAUAUGCCUAUCUUUUUGUGGUCUUCUCCUAUGUGUGUUAAACUGUCUCUCUGGAUAUAGACAUGGUUGGUCUGAUCUAAAGCUUGUCGCCCAAUCAGAUUUUGCAUUCAGAACACUCACUUGGUUUGUGAUCUUUGUUUACUUGUACAUCCAAUUUUCUCAAUCAAGGGAGUGUAGGUUCCCUAUUGUACUAAGAGUUUGGUGGGACUUCUAUUUGAUAAUGUCCUGUUUUUAUCUUGUUAUACAUCUUAGUUUGUAUUGGAAGCAAUCAUCGUUACCAUUUUUGCUAUGGGUUUCUGAUUCUAUAUCCAUUAUUGCUGGUUUGUUCUUUUGCUAUCUUGGGUUAUUUGGCAAAGGUCAAGAUGAUAAAAAUAGCUAUCUCAAAAAGCCUCUUUUGAAAUUUAGUUCUGGCCGAAACAAUGGUGAUGAUAGACAAGGUUCAAGUCCCAGUGGAGAGAGUGUAACUCCUUAUGCAAACGCUAAUCUUCUUAGUAUCUUUACUUUUGCUUGGAUGGGUCCUUUGCUUGCUCUUGGAUAUAAAAAAACAUUAGACCUUAAAGAUGUUCCUCAACUUGCCAAGUGUGAUAGGGCUAAUGUGGUCUUUGAUCGUUUUAGAGAAAAACUUGCAUGUGAUGCUAGUGGAAGUGGUGAUGGUGAGCAGUUAAGCACACUCAAGCUGGGGAAGGCAUUAAUUCUUUCAAUGUGGAAAGAAAUUUUAUGGACGGCUCUAUUAACCAUGGUAUGCACUUUGGCUCCUUAUGUUGGACCAUAUCUUAUUGUCACAUUUGUUCAAUAUCUCAGUAGCUCUAACCAAUUGAAAUAUAAAGGCUAUGCGUUAGUGUUUAUUUUCUUUCUUUCAAAGCUCAUAAAGUCCCUUUCAGAAAGGCACUUGUCCUUUCGAUCUCGAAAGAUGGCACUAAGGGUCCGUGCAGCCUUGUUUGCAAUUAUCUAUAAGAAGGGUCUCAAGCUUUCAAGCCAGUCAAAGCAGGGCCACACUAGUGGAGAGAGCAUUAAUUUGAUGAGUGUUGAUGUUGAGAGGAUUGGCAUUUUCAGUUGGUACUUGCAUGAUACAUGGAAGGUGCCUGUUCAAGUUGUUUUAGCAAUGUUAAUCUUGUACAAUAGAAUUGGGCUUGCUUCUCUUGCAGCUUUAGUUGCCACAAUGAUUUUGAUGUUGGCAAAUGUUCCAUUGGGAAAAUUACAAGAAAAUUUUCAAGGGAAAUUGAUGGAUUCAAAGGAUCAAAGGAUGAAGGUGACAUCUGAAUCUCUAAGGAAUAUGAGGAUUCUCAAGCUCCAAGGUUGGGAGAUGAAAAUAUUGGCUAAGAUAAUUGAGCUCAGGAACUUCGAAACAAAAUGGUUAAAAAAGUUACUUUAUACAUCAGCUAUGACUGCCUUUAUUUACUUGUGUGCUCCUAUGUUUGUAUCCAUGGUUACUUUUGGAUUCUGUAUACUUGUUGGAAUUCCAUUAGAUUCGGGGAAGAUUCUAUCUGCACUUGCAACAUUUGAGAUAUUACAAGAGUCCAUUUAUAAUCUCCCAGACCUCAUCUCUAUGGUAGUUCAGACUAAAGUUUCCAUCUUUAGAAUAACCUCAUUCCUUGGUCUCGGUGAUCUUCAUUUGAAUAUAAUACAAGAGCUUCCAGGAGAUAGUGCGAAGGUUGCAAUUGAGAUAGUCAAGGGGAAUUUCUCUUGGGCCCUUCAUUCCCCUAAUCUCACUUUAAAAGAUCUUAAUUUCCAAGUGCAUCAUGGUAUGAGAGUAGCUGUUUGUGGUUCUGUUGGGUCAGGAAAAUCGAGCCUACUUUCAUGCAUUUUGGGAGAAAUACCAAUUGUAUCUGGAGCUAUUAAGUUGAAUGGGUCGAAGGCCUAUGUUGCACAAUCACCUUGGAUACAGAGCGGCAAGAUAGUAGAUAAUAUAUUGUUUGGUAAGGAAAUGGAUGAGGAAAGAUACGAGAUGAUCCUCGAAGCUUGUUCAAUAAAAAAUGACCUAGAAUUAUGUGCCUUUGGGGACCAGACCAUUAUAGGGGAGAGGGGGAUUAACUUGAGUGGUGGACAGAAGCAAAGAAUCCAAAUUGCACGUGCUUUGUACCAUGAUGCUGAUAUUUAUCUACUUGAUGAUCCUUUUAGUGCUGUGGAUGCUCACACAGGAACUCAUCUAUUUAAGGAGUGUUUGCUUGGAAUUUUAGGUUCAAAGACAGUAAUUUAUGUUACACACCAAGUAGAGUUUUUACCUUCUGCUGAUCUUAUCUUGGUUAUGAAAGAUGGAAGAAUUACUCAAGCAGGAAAGUAUGAAGAGAUUCUUAGCUCAGGAAUUGAAUUUAUAGAAUUAGUAGGUGCACAUAAGAAAGCUUUGACAAACCUUAUUUCUGUUGAAUGUGGUGCUACUUUGGAUAAUUUAAUUAAUUGUGAAGUACAUGGCAAUAUGUUGUCCAACAAGGAGUCUAUUCAAGAUAAUAAGGAAAGGGACCCUAAAAAUUGCAAUAUAGAAAAACAAGUUGAGCCAAAAGGACAACUUGUCGAAGAGGAAAAGAGAGAAAAGGGGGGAGUUAGUCCUUCAGUCUACUGGAAAUAUGUUACUGCUGCAUAUAAAGGGGCUUUUGUACCAUUGAUUUUGGUGGCGCAAAUUCUUUUCCAGCUUCUUUUAAUAACCAGUAGUUAUUGGAUGGUUUUGGCUUCUCCCGUUUCAGAGGAUGUGAGACCUCAUGUUAGAGGAUCCACUGUCAUCUUCGUUUAUGCUUCUUUGAUCCUUGGAAGUUCUCUUUGUGUAUUGAUAAGGUCCAUGCUUAUUAUAACUGUUGGAUAUAAGACAUCCACUCUGUUUUUCAACAAAAUGCAUUCGUGCAUUUUUCGGGCUCCCAUGUCAUUUUUUGAUUCUACUCCGAGUGGAAGGAUUCUAAAUCGGGUAUCCAUAGAUCAAAGUGCAGUUGAUACUUCUAUUCCACAUCAAAUUGAAGAACUUCUUAUCUCAAUAAUAGGACUCCUGGGAACUGCUGUAGUAAUGUCACAGGUUGCGUGGAAAAUAUUAAUAGUUUUUAUCCCAAUGACUGUGACAUGCAUAUGGUACAUGCAAUACUACAUAUCUGCAGCACGAGAACUGUCACGUCUGAUUGGAGUAUGCCACGCUCCAAUUAUACAACAUUUUUCUGAAUCAAAUUUAGGUUCAACCACAAUCAGGUGCUUUGGUCAAGAAGAGAGGUUUAUGAACAUAAACCUUAAGCUAGUGGAUGGGUAUUCCCAACACAAAUUUCAUUUCUCUGGUGCAAUGGAGUGGUUAUGCUUCCGUAUGGAUAUGUUGGCUUCCAUCACAUAUGUUAUUUCUUUGGUUUUAUUGAUCUCAAUGCCAAAGGGAGUACUCAAUCCUGGUGUUGUGGGUUUAGCAAUCACAUAUGGGCUUGGUUUCAGUAUGCAAGGGCUCAUAUGGGAUUUUAGUAUACUUGAGAAUAAAAUCAUAUCUGUUGAGAGAAUACUACAGUAUGCCUGCAUCCCUAGUGAGCCCCCUUUGUUGGUAGAAGAGAAUAGGGUAGGUCAUGAAUGGCCAUCACAAGGGAAAGUUGAUAUUGUUGAUCUUCAGGUCCGGUAUGCCCCACACCUUCCUCUUGUCUUACGAGGGAUCACAUGUACUUUUCUUGGAGGGAUGAAGAUUGGCAUUGUUGGGCGGACAGGAAGUGGUAAAUCAACUCUUGUACAAGCUAUCUUUCGUAUGUUUGAACCUACAACCGGUCAAAUUCGGAUUGAUGAUAUCAACAUCUCCAAUGUUGGCCUUCAUGACUUACGUUCAAGAUUGAGCAUCAUCCCACAAGACCCUACUAUGUUUGAAGGGACUCUUAGAAGCAAUCUUGAUCCGCUUGAACAGUACACUGAUGAACAAAUUUGGGAGGUUUUAGACAAAUGCCAGCUUGGUGAUGAAGUUAAAAAGAAGGAAGGGAAGCUUGACUCUGUAGUGACUGAGAAUGGAGAGAAUUGGAGCAUGGGUCAAAGACAACUAAUUUGUUUAGGGAGAGUAUUACUCAAGAGGAGCAAAGUGUUAAUACUUGAUGAAGCUACUGCAUCGGUGGAUACUACUACUGACUAUUUAAUUCAGCAAACACUUUGGCAGCACUUCUCAGGGUCUACUGUCAUUAUAAUCGCACAUAGAAUAACAUCAAUUCUUGAUACCGAUAUGAUUCUCUUUCUUGAUAACGGCCAUAUACUGGAAUAUGAUUCCCCAGGCAAAUUGCUAGAGAUCAAGACGUCCUCAUUUGCGAAACUUGUUAAGGAGUAUACUCAAAGAUGUAGUUCCUAGUUUUUGAAAGGCUAGAUAAAUGAGUUUUCCAAAUGUAAGCAGGCUACACGAGUGAAGUGCACUAAUAUUUUAAGUAUGAAAAAAUUCUGUUGGAAGAAGAUGGUGGAAUAGAUAUCAAGGUUACCUGUAA